AAGCUAAGAUGCGAUUGGAACUCUUGCAUUUGCUUUAUGAAAUACUUCAUAUACCAUGAUGUAGUUGCAUCGUUUAAGUUGGAAAAAUCAGUGUCUCUGCUAAAUGCUAAUAUUCUGGAGCUUGAGCAUAACAUUAUCGACGAAAUAGGUGUUGCCGACUCUAAGGUGGUUGUUAUAUCUUUAAAAUCUUUGGCUGGGUCAAACUCAACAGAUGUGGUGUUUGCAGUGGUGCCCUACUUGGAAAAUUUGAAUAUAUCUUCACCUGCUCUCAGUUUACUCAGAUCUGUUUUUGAAGAAUUGGUCAUUGAUCAAACACCUCUCCAUUUGAAUUCAUCAUUGUUUGGUGAUCCAUUUUCCUUUGAGGUGCUAAAAUUUCAAGGAGGAAUUACAGUUACCCCACAGCAGAAUGCGUUUCUAUUGCAGAGAGUUCAGAUAUUUUUCAAUUUCACCUUAAACUUCUCUAUUGAUCAAAUACAGGAAUAUUUCAUUGAGUUAAAGAAACAGCUGAAGUCAGGGUUGCAUCUUACUUCACAUGAGGUUUGCCAUUUUAUCAAUUUCAUGUGAUUCUAUUUGUGCUUA